AUGAAUCAUCCAGCUUAUGUAUACCAGCCACAAGAACAGCAUCCAAGCUAUCCACCGCCUCCCCCUCAGCCGCCGCGACCGCAUGAAACCACGGCACCAGGAUACGACACUCCGGGACCCCCCCUCCCACAGAGGCACAAUGCCCAAGGAAGUUUAGAUCUUGAAGCCCAAACGACAUCUUAUCCACCGCCGCCUGUGUACAACCCGGCGUCGUACGCACCCAGUCAGCAACACCAAUUCCAACCGCCGCCCCAGCGCUACAAACAAAUAUUCGCCGCUGACGAUGACCCUUCCAGCCUGGUCCAUUAUAUCCGCGAUCCUCAGAAACUCAUAGGAUACCUGGUCCCUUUUCCACGUCCGGUGCUUCCCAAUGUUGAUCCAGAAAGUAUUCCAGCUCGUUUUGUGAUCUACACGCCGCCCCCACCUCCAUUGCAAAAACCGGCCGAGGGAGUGAAGGAAGGCAAACUGCACAAAGUCCAGCGGAAAUGGCAAGAAGAAGUCCGUUCCGCAAAGAGCAGCACGGCCAAAACUGCCAGCUGGAAAGGUGCCAAAUCUAAAGCGACGCGCGGGAUCGAUUGGGCUAUACACAAAACCACAACCUCAAACUUAGAUUUCUUGGGUCGUGUGUCUCCCGGUCCACAGAAAUCACAUUCCGAUGACGAGAGAGACCACCAAGACUCCGAAACACACAAGACGGUAACGGUUGAGGAAAUGGUCCUCAUUUACCCACCCACCCUCAACCUCACUGACCAACAGAUGCGUGAGGAGUUCGUGAACACAAUGCUGCGUACCAAAUCCAAGGCGCAGAGAGAUACUAUUAUUGCGACAGGCCUCAUGCCGGUGGCUUACGGUAUCGAUAUCCUCGCUACAUUCAUCUGGCCGUUCGGCGGACUGGGUGAGAUCGACACUGUUUGGGCAUACGCGAGCUUCCGUGGCGCAAAGACUGCAAGAUCCGUGACGAAGAGGCUGGCUAGCUCCACUCAAUCGUCGCCCAACCAUGAAGACGAAUCUCACAAGCUGAAACUCACAUUUACACACUCCAAGCGUCUGGACGUCCUUCGCAGAUAUCUCGAUGCGGAAUGCCACAAGGCUGAUUCCAAGCUUUUCCCGCACUAUGAGCAUUCUCCCACGGAAAGUGAAGUGUUGGAGGCAAUAGGAUGGACUCCCAGUCGUGAUAUUGAGGAGAAAAAUUGGGAGGAUGAACAUUGGGAAAUCCAGGAGGUCAAGGAAGACUUGAGGACCGUAUUCAAGAAAGCAGCGAGUGAGUGGAGGAAGUGGUGCCGGCUGCUGGAGAAGAAGUAA